AGGUAGUCAUAAAAUGUGUCUUUUAAAAACCCAGGUGGUAGUUAACGUAAUCAUCUGUUUGUUUUUUUUUUGUUGUUGUUUUUGUUUUGUUACUAAACAUUAAAAAUAAACCUUUAUAAUGGGUUGGAACAAGACGAGACAGCAUAAAUGCUGCCCCCCAGGACUGUAGUUGUGUUCCACUGAAACUUCACAUUCAUUAAAUUCAGUUAACUCCAUGUAUUUAGGAACAUUGUGACCCCCUUCCCCGCAAGAAACACUUACACUGUACUAGGACUUAGACUACAAAUACAGUCACCAUAAUGUAAAAGCUGCCUUUCAACCUAUUUUAUCAAAGUUUAUAAUUGUGUUUGUACUCAUCGUCUGUUAAGCUGGGAGAGCGUGCGCUGUUACUUUACACUGCAGUCUAUCAGUUGAGCUCACACAGACAUUGAGUCAGAGGAGGGCACUGGCUGAGUAGCUUUUGCAGGCAGACUGGGUGCCCGAUUGAUUGGAGGCGGUCGCAGGUAUGCAGUGAGACAUUCUCAUCCUCCCAGCUGAAAUCCCUCCCUUCACAAGCGUAGCAUCCUAUGCUACAGCCUAUAGUAACCCUGCCGGGCUGCCGGCCAUCGUCAGCAUUUUCAUGGUCAUAGUAUACUAUGUACGCACAAUAUGAAACCUUUAGUUGUUGCCACUCAUAUUUGCUGAUUCAAACUUUGCUACUUAUCUUGCCCUGUUCAUAAUUACCAAAAACGUCUGUCCAUCCAAGCGUUCCGUAUUUGCCAUACUUUUUCACAAUAGCCUUAUGUCCUAAUUUUUAACACAUCAGUACUGGAAUUGUGCCAAGUACAUUUACAAUUGAACGGUUAUUCACAGGGGUGCCACCAGGGAUUCUGGGCCCCGUGAACAGAUCGCACAUUGGACGCCAUCACCCCAGAACAUCCAAAAUGUUCUCAUUUUGUUUGAGGGCCCCUGUCAGUCAGGGCCCCCCCCUUUUUUUUGGAAAUCCCACAAUUUCUUCAACAUACAACAUGUUCAGAUAUGGACUUACAUUUAUUAGCUGCAUGUACACCGUAAUGCAGUGGAUGCUAGUGCAGUGUCUAAUUUGGCUGGUGUGAAUGUCAGUGAAAAAUAGUGAAAAAUAUCAUGAACCCGAACGAACAACACACUCCCAUGACCCACAAGUGGGUUCCUGAGCAAUGGUUUGUGAACCACUAGUGGAUUUUACAAUAGAAUAAGAAUCCCAAGACAGACUGGAGGUUUCUGUACGGUUGCUUGUAAUAAAUAAUAAUUGGUCAAGGCUCUUCAUAUUGCCACUCCAUAACUUAACAGCUCUACUAGUAGGACCGUAUUCCUUAAUCCUCUCCUCUGACCUAUACUACCUCCCUGUCGUACGCUCUGUGGUUUGCAAUUUGGAAAAGUAAUUCACUGCUUCGGUAGACCACCUGUGAAUCUGAGGAAUGUGUUCUCUUCAGCUGAAGUUCUGCGCCAGUGUCAAUAAGAGCAAUCGAUAUUCUACGUUCGGAAUUACAACUUUUACAAUUAGUGACAGGGAAGAAACAAACAAUACAAUGGGCCAAUAGGGAGCUUGAAGUUAUUUGUUCUGCUUCUUCUUACUCUGAAAUCAUGAUUAUCGUUAUCAAAUUAUGAUAACGCGAUUCUGUCGGUCCGUUAUCUUUUUCAGUCUCCAACACACCUGUGUCUAAGGAAAACUACAAUUUAGCCUAACACUGCAGUUUUGUGUGCACGAUCAACAAGUGGCAAUUAAAAUCGCAUUUACCUUUGGCAAAUCACUUUUAUGUUGUGCUUUUGCGUGUGCGUGGGUAAUGACACGCACUACCCACCUACCCCCCUUCAGUUUUAUAUAAAAGUAUCUUGAAGCACUGAUCAUUUUAGAUCCAGAGGUUUUUGAUUUGACUGGAUUUCUAUGUCAGAGGAAAAUACGGUCAAAUUCAAUGCGCGAAACAAAUAUGCUACAAGCGCUCGUAGGGCAUGCGACUUAAAUUAUGGCAAUCUGAAGGCACCUUUCACGUUUCUGGGAAAACGGAAUUAUUAAAUAACAGUUAUGCUCGGCGUGCCCCCGAACAGCUCAGGAUCCGCUGUUCUUGGUAACGAGUCCUGCAAGUUGGCGAAGCUCUGCAACGAUUCAGCCAAAUUCGAGCCCCCGUUUCUGGUAGACGCAUGGCUCGUGCCGCUUCUCUUCGCUAUUUUAAUGGUGAUCGGACUGGCAGGAAAUUCACUGGUCAUCUAUGUGAUUUCUAAACACAAGAGAAUGCAAACUGCAACUAACUUCUAUAUUGCUAACCUGGCAACCACUGACAUCAUUUUUCUGGUGUGCUGUGUUCCAUUCACUGCCGUGCUGUAUCCGCUUCCCAGCUGGGUCUUUGGUGACUUCAUGUGCAAGUUCGUCAGCUAUAUCCAACAGGUGUCAGCACAGGCAACCUGUGUAACACUGACAGCAAUGAGUGUGGAUCGUUGGUAUGUCACUGUAUGCCCACUGCGUUCCCUGAGUUGUCGAACCCCACAAGUUACCACGCUGGUCAGCAUUGGAAUCUGGAUCGGCUCGUUCCUGGUGUCUGUGCCAGUGCCAAUGUACAGCAAGACCAUGCUGGGUGAGUGGUAUGGUCCCCAGGUCUACUGCACAGAGAAUUUCCCCACUCUUUUCCACAAGAAGGCUUUCAUUCUCUACAACUUCCUGGCUGUGUACAUGCUCCCACUGGUAACCACCUGCAUCUGCUACAUGGUUAUGCUGAAUCGCAUGGGUCACACCUUUGUGGAGCCUCUUGAAAACAACCACCAGCUGCAGGUCUUGUCGGAGCGCUCCGUGGCCAUGAAGACCAAAGUUUCCCGCAUGGUGGUGGUGAUCGUGCUGCUCUUCACUUUGUGCUGGGGCCCCAUCCAGUUCUACAUCCUUGCGCAGGCCUUCAGUCCACACUUCCGUCACAACUACUGCACCUAUAAGCUGAAGAUCUGGGCCCACUGCAUGUCCUACACCAACUCUUGCAUCAACCCCAUUGUUUAUGCCUUCAUGGGCGUCAAUUUCCGCAAAGCCUUCAAACGAGCUUUCCCUUGCAUUUUCAAACAGCGUGUGGCAGUUGCCCAGCCAGCACAUGGCACUGCCAACACUGAAAUGCACUUUUUCUCUUAGACCUCCUAAACUAAGUCUGUUGGUUUCUUGUGUGCUUAAAGAUUUUCCUGAGACAAUCUGGCUCAUGACCCCAAACAAGCUGGGACUGGCUCUGUUGACCUCGUUGGUUAAUGUUUAGCUUCUAUAGCGAACCGCUUAGGAAUUAUAACCAUAUAAUGUGUAUAUCUGUGUCUGAUGAAAAACAAAAAAUGCCAAGUUACUUACACAUGCAAAGCACUUUCUAUAAGUCAUUA